AUGGAACAAAGAAAGUUGAGUGACCAAGCCAACACUCUGGUCGAUCUGUCAAAGAUGCAAAGUGUGAUGUACGACCUCAUCACGGAGCUGAACGACCGCAGUGAGGACUUGGAGAAGCAGAUUGGCAGCCUGGAGACCAAGCUGGACCAGAUCACUUCCACCUUCAACACUCUUCCCGUCCUCAUUGUGGAUGCCCUCAGACAACAGCAGCAGCAUCUGCUCUCUGUGGUCCUGGAGUCCCGGGGACUGGGGGUAGCAGUGGGAACGCCACAGACCCCUCUUUCUGACAGCCCCAUGGGGAUCAGUUCGGCGUCUUUUCCGACGCCACACACUAGCUCCAGCAGCUGCUGA